GUCAAUUUGUUUAGUAAUUUAGGAAAUGUAUUGUUUCAAUUGACGAAGUGAAAGUUGAUGCAUAAGAUAGCAGAAUGACGGACAAAUCACUUGUUGCAAAAAUCUCGAAUGAUAAAAACAAGUUCUUAACAGCUUCGAAUAAAUAUGGUGAUACAGGUUGUGCAAAAAAUGAAGACUACUGGUCGUGUUUUUCGCAAUGGAUUCAUUGCAUGUGUGUGGUAACAUUUGAUUUGAACAUUGGACAAGCUCUCGAAUUUGUUUACCCACCACAAUUUAUGCCUACUGAGGUAGAAACGGCAAAUAUAUGUUAUAUGGCUUUUCCCGAUUCGAACUCUGGAUGCAUGGGCGACACAAAAUUCCAUAUGCGUUUUCGGAGAACACCUAGCGAAAGUGACAAUAAAAAUCUGACACGGAUAUUCCACUCAUAUAAUUCUGAUUGCAUAUCCGUUCUUCGUGUAGAUGAAUCCCAUUUCUGGGGGUUUGUUUACUUUCGUCAAAAGCGCGAUUCUAAUCUUCCGCGGGGUUACUUUCAAAAAAGUUUUAUCUUAGUCACACAUUUGCCGUUCUGCAAUCUUUUCUAUGAUAUUGUCGCCCAAUUAGCACCGAAGUACUUUGAAGAGGGAAACUCAAUACUAGAAGAUGCCUGUAGUCAAAUAAACAGCAUGUGGCCAACUUUACAAGCAGGCGUCCCAUUAGAUUUACAAUUAUUUGAUCACAUAUACCAAAUAAAUAUACCGGCAAUUAGUGGAAAAAAGUCAAAUCCUAUAGUAUUAAGGAAAGAAAUAUAUAAAGAUACCUCCUACAGUUCAUUUUCAAUAAAAACGUUGAACUCAGUUUACGAACUCGAGCUAUUUAAAAGCUUAAGCUUCACCGUGGAGAAUUUAUAUACUUUAUGGGAAUUGGUGCUUAUCGCUGAACCACUGGUAAUUGUUGGCACCUCACCUGCGGAUUGCUCACAUAUGGUGCAGACUCUUGUAUCACUCAUAAGUCCAAUUGAGUACUGUGCUGAAGCGCGACCUUACUUUACUAUACAUGACAGUGAAUUCAAAGAGUUUACUAGAGAGUAUGGAAAAACUCCACCUCCAGUGAUUCUAGGUGUAACAAAUCCUUUUUUCAUAAAGUUGCUCAAGGAUUGGCCACACAUGCUGCGACUAGUGGAUAAUCAGAUGAACAUGCAGCAACAUCAACAAUUUCAUAAAAACAUGCGAAAUUCAGACUCGGUAACAUCAUUCAACUCAAGCAGUACAAGCAUAAUAAGAAAGAGUUUACCUAGUACAGGCGCUUCCCUAACAUCAAACACAAAUGCAGCUGCAGGCGACGGAACGUCACCUGGAUUAUACACAAAAUAUAAACCAUUUCUUAAAAAAGACAAGAAUUUAAUUAAAAAAGUGUUAGCCGGCAUUAAAACUAAACGACCAGAUCAUGUACAAACUGCAUUAAUACGCCGACAUCUACUGGAACUUACCCAAAGUUUUAUGAUACCAUUGGAACGUUAUAUAGCUUCACUAAUGCCGUUGCAGAAAGACAUAAGUCCUUUCAAGUCUGCGCCGAACGCAAACACUUUUAAAUUGGACGAUUUUUUGGCUACUAUUGAACAAUCUGGGCCACAUUUAACAUCACCCUUAAAAGGUGAUUGGAAGGGUUUAUAUCGGAGGUUUUUUAAUUCACCUAAUUUUCGUGGUUGGUACGACUCAAGACAUCGUGAACUACAAUUAACAUUACAGGAUUUGCAGCUUCAAGCACUUUCAGUAGCUAACCUCGAACAAUGGGCGCGAGAUAAACAGGAGGUGGAAAUUAUUGAUAUGAUACUGAAAUUAAAACAAAAAUUGAAUCUCUAUGCCGGCAGUAGUAAUAAUAAUAGCUCAACUCGAGAGCAAAUACGUGCCCAAAUCAACUGUAUGAAAGAUCUACUGCCCAAUGAUUUAAAAAAUGUAGUUAAUAUUUGAUAUGUAAAUUGAUGGGAAAUUUAAAACUAUCAAAAUUUUAGGUAAUUUUUCUUGUAUGGUAAAACAUUAAUACAGUUUUGUUUUUUACUUUUAACGAAAAUAGAAUAAGAUAAAAUAUUUAAACAAGUUAUAUCUGUUUUUAAGAAACAAACAGUGCAAUAGUCCUCAAAUCAUCGAAUGUCGUCCAGAUUGAAAAAAAUAUAUAUUUAUAUAUAUUGCAUAUUGUAA